AAACUUUAUAUCUCAAAUACAUAUCAUAUGUAAAAGUAUACAAGUAUAAAAUGUAACGAGCCACCCUAUACAGGGUUACGAGAGACUUUUCAUUAAAAGAGCAUAUUAACAUAUAAAUAAAAGGUACAUAAACUACAACGCAUAUAAAAGUAAAACCGUGAAUUAAGAAUAAAGGCAAUCAUAUCUUUUAGGUAAAAUGUUACAGCAGGUUUUGGCACUUAAAUAUAUCACAUCUUGGGAAGACAGGAUAUAAAACUGGCUUAUCUCGGAUCAUCGAAAUUCUUAAAAUCAUCUUCAACAUCGCAACAUUUUCUUAACAGUUCUUAUCUUUCGGUUUCAUAGUUAGGACAUCUUAGUAAUACGUGCUCUUCGUCUUCUAUACCAUCAGCACAAAAUGGACAUAUUCUUUCAUCUGGGGGCGUGUUUGUGUAGCGUCCAGUCUCUACUUUGAGGGGCGCCACCCCACUCCUGAACUUGGCUAAAGCCGACCUGUAUCUCCUCGGCAUAGGGGUUCGAACAUAAUACUCCGUUUCGUAACCUUCCUUGAAACUGUUGUAUGUUCUUAGCUUAUUUCCGCCGAUUCCUCUCUAUCCUUCCCGUUGUGAAACCUCGUUCCUCCAAUUUUCUUUAAAUUGCUGCACAAAUUGCUGCUUUCACUUAUCACCGCAGUGCCCACUGUACAGGUGAGAACAUUUUAGAUGAUACGGUCCCCCACUUAAUCCCUAAUCCCCCCAUUGUCUUCCCCAUGUUGUUUUAGGACCAAAAACCAAAAGUGGGCACAGUGGGGGGACACCGUAUUAUAUACCUAUGGCAAAGAGUUGUCCGAAUCUAUUAGUCGACAAAAUGUGUUUUUGAACGCUGUUGAAUAUGUGACUAAAAAUGAGAAUGAAUGUCUGACCUCACUGUGUGCGUGGUCGUGCUUUCAGUCACAAGGUUUCCUGGUCCAGACUUCUUAUUCACAAGCCACUUCAUUUACGUCGCUGGAACCAUUCAUUCAUUCACUCACACACACACUUUCAGCACUGAAUCCGAUGUGUCAACAUAUUAACCUUAUUUCAGAUGCGAUUUUCAUCCCAGGUUAAGCUGACCCGUCGAUGCUCUUUUUUCAAUCGGGUGACACUCCGAUAUAUAUAAUUGAACCCAAUAUAUUGUAAGACACAUUCUCCUUUUUAUAUAGCUCGAAUCCCUUUGCCAGAUACUUUUCCGAUGAUGAAACACUGCAAAAAAACAACAUACGGUCGUGUACGUGUGUAACUAUUCACAUUUUGUCUUCCUGAACAAACUGCUGUAGAUACUGUUAUUGUUGUCUGUCGUGUUUUCUUUAUUGUUUCAUAGCCAGAUGGUGUGCUCUCACCAGCUGCCGUAAUGGCUUGUCAACCACGUAUGAAUUGACUGAACAAUUGACACCUCAACAUGUACUUGUCGUGGCAGUCCUAGCCACACUAAAGACACACAACAUCCGUCGAAAGAAUCAAAGAUCUCAGGGCUUGCAGGAAUGACCCUGAAGAAGAAGACACUGGUUCUAGCGGUUUUCAGCACGGUGGCAAUGGUUGUGUUUUUGCUGAUAUCAAAUCAAAGGCAGAUGCAAAAUGUGUCACAGCGAAUCUUGGCACAAGUUUCACAAAACAUAGCUCCAGUUAUCAUUGCCACGUCUAGAUCUGAUACCAAGGAUGGAUACGUGUUUGAAUCGAAAUGGACAUAUGAAUAUACAUCGUCGUUAUGUAAAGGAGCGUCCAUCCCCCUCAUGUCAGAGGAUCUCCUUUGCAAGAAAAGACCUGAGUUUCUGUCUGGCUACAAGAACCCAUGCUGGAAGGAGACUACAAAGGAAGGCAAAGAGACUGUCAGGUGUAUGCCAUACUUUCAUCUUUUAGGAGCUGAUAAAUGUGGCUCCACGGAUCUCUUUGACAGGAUCUUGCAACAUCCAGAAAUGGAGCCGGCUGGAUGUGGAUUAUUCAAGGAAUGUUACUACUGGUGUUGGACGAGAUAUGGUGUGUGGAUGAAAAAUAACUCGGUGCCUACAAGGAAAACGUUUGAAGCGUAUCUGGCACAUUUCAAACAAGCCUCGAGCAGUAUACAUUUGCGUGAGGUUGACGGAUAUCAUUCUCACAUUACAGGUGAGGGAACGCCAAUGGAUCUUUGGGACUUUCGAGGAUGGCCCCGUAUACCACAAAACGAACAUCUAGCAGAGCCUCUUAUUAUGACUCCACACCUCAUGAAGCACAUGUAUCCGCAUCCAAAGCUGCUUGUCAUCCUCAGGAGCCCUGCUGACAGAUUAUACUCCGACUACUAUUUUCUUGGAUAUGGGAAUUCCCCGGAGAGGUUCCACAAAGAUGCAAUAAGGGCAGUAGCCAUGAUUGAAAACUGUCAAAAAACAAGGACCACGAAACAGUGUAUCUUCGAUAUGGAUAUGUACGUCAAUUUGCCGAUGCGAAUUCACAUUAGCUGCUACUCAGUGUUUAUGAAGGAAUGGAUGAGAGUCUUCCCAAGAGAAAGUUUUCUGGUCCUGCGAAACGAAGACUAUGGGCAUGAUAUAAAAAAUCAUAUGAGUAUGGUUUUCAGCUUUCUCAAUAUGAGUCGGUUACCGGAUGAAGAUAUGGACGUGAUAUCUAACGCAAAGAGGAAGCACGUGACACAAUCCAAGAAGAACAAAGGACCGAUGAUGGAAUCCACACGUGUUUUAUUAAACAAGUUCUUUGAGCCAUUUAAUAAGGAAUUAGCGACAUUGUUACAAGAUGACCGAUUCUUAUGGAAGGAUAAUAACUGAAGUUUACUAGGCGAAGUCUGGUGAAUUAAUACUUUGGCAAAUUAACUUAAAUUAUGUAUAAUGUGUGCCACAAAAAAAUACUGACAUGAGCCAUGCCAUUCCUUCAUUUCAUCACUGUCAUGUUAACAAUUAGUGUAUGUGCUCAUAAUAUUUAAUCACAAUAGGCGAUGGCCACACUGUCUAUGCAAACGAGAAUCUACGUGCAUUAUAAUAUGAGUGAGUGGGUGGUUGUGUUUUUCUCGUUAUAUUACAACAUGAAGUUUAAUCAACACAGUGGAUAAUAUGAUCUCGGGUGUUCAAGUCUACUGUUCAAACACAUAGGAACCUCAAGUUAUAAGGAUGUUAUAAAUAUUUGAUUUGAAUUUUAAUCUGUUUCAUCACUGACUGACUUGAUGUCAAAGAUUCUAUUUUCAAAUUGCCUACGCCCCUUAAUCUUUAAUUUGAGUUAAGAUGACCCACUUUAUUAUUACACAAGCAGUACUAAGAUUGUAAGGGUGGUAUUGCUUACGUCGCAGAGUCGUGUACGUAUUUCCCUGGGUGCCGUUGUACAAAACAACCUCAGCGCUACGACUGUCGUAAUUCUAUGUUAAGGUAUGGGAGUUACGACCACCUUAGCGCUAAGAUCGCUUUGUACAACGGCACCCUGGUUCACAGAAAAUGAACAAACUUCGAAUGGCAGAACUAUAGAAUGGACGUACACUGUAUAUGACUACAAAGUUUCUUGUUUCCACCCCCCUUGGGGAUGCUGGAGCAGACAAGGUCCACAGUAACAUUUUCAAUACGUGUAAUCAUUCACAUUCACAAACUCACAAUAACAAUGAUACUGCCUGGUGUACAAAACAAUUGUGACAAAUACAUUUUGAGGGGAAACACCAAGAAAAUGAGAAUAUACUUAAAUGACAGCUCUGUAGUCCUUUCAGCUUUGCCAUAUUGGUAGUACAAUUCUCGAGAGGACUGGAAACGGAACUUGUCAAUGUUGCCACAGCUGACAAAUACAUGUCUCUUCUUUAGGAUAUUACAAAUAUUAAGUAUUCAUCCCUUAUUAUUAUUAUUUUUCCGAACAUCCUACUCACAUCCUUUACAUCCCUGAGCUUGUGUUUAUUAUUCAAGUCUUGUAACUUGACUGAGCUUCAUUUCCAUUGGGCAAAUAGUGUUUGAGAGUGAGAGGGGGGAUAGAAUUGAAUGAUCAUGUGCCUUUUUGCUAUUCAUGCUGAUGUAAAGUACGCGUACCUCCCGUACUCGUGUUGAAUAGUUGCCUAUCAUGAUUCCAGCCAUAUAAAUCCCGAUAUAUUAAAUAUCUACACAUAUCUCAGCUCAUAAAGUAAAAUCAGUAUGUCCAACAAAAUAUGCAAAGGUGAAGUUGUUAUUUGAAAUUCUUUCAAAAGACUCUUUUACUAGGCUAAAUUAGUAACACUUCAUUCGUUCACCUUACGUUCAAACUACAUGGGCAGACCACUGUGAAGCUCACAAUAUUACAAUAUAAAUGGCAUUGCAUUUUUUUUUCAUUAUAAAAUCGAUGCUUAUUGACCUUUGUUCAGCUGUGUAAAUUUGAUCAAACUAAAGGCAAGUAAAACAAUCAAUGUCA